UCUUGGUAGGACACCAACUUCUCCUCCAGAUACCCUAUAUACUGCACAUAUCCGUCAUAGGGACUCAGAGCUGGAUUCCAAUCUCGAUCGAUUCCUUUUCUUCUCUUCAAACUCAGCCGGAUCAUGGACUUUGUCAACCACCCGUACCGAGACGGGUUCGUCCUUAAUAGAGGGAACUUCUCGACGGACGUCAACGUCAUCCCACCAAGGCCACCGAGGAAGUCCAGUCUUAAUAAUAACUUUUCUUAUCCUAGACCGGAUAGUCAACUACGUCGCCAUGAGUCAAGUGAUAGUUGUUCGUCACUAGCGUCGAAUGGCUCUGUGCCGGGGAUGACCGACUCCUCUGAUUCAGAGACAUCAUUCGAGGAUGAUAGUAACUAUAAUACGACGGCUGGUGAGAUAUGGGAUACGUUUUGGCCAGAUAGUGCGUCUAUCCGCGGGGAACAAUAUCCCGCUCUUCUACGGACCUCCCAGGCGCCAAAUUAUUUCACCAAGAACUUCCCCCAACACGAAUUUCACGAAACCGAUGAUACAAUUACCAUCCCGGAGUUAAAGCAGGACUGUAAAGAAAAUUUUAAUUCAUCCUGCGACACGCCGACACCACAACCAUCUCCUCCGCGUUCUGCGGCAAGGAAUGGUCAACCUACAUAUUCUGUUUAUCCUAGACUAGAACCUGCCCAUAUGCUACGAGUCCCCCUUCCGCCACGGACUUCAUCACUUAAUACAGCACCAUCAUCACCACCCCGGCGCCAUGCGCACAAGUCAAGUAGACCAAACUUAAACCUCAAAUCUAGCAAGUCGUCUCAUAACCUUCGACCGUGUCGUGCUGGCCUCCCGACUUCCAGGGUACCUAUGCUACCAGUAUCAGCCAACUCGGUUCCUGCGUCCCCUGCUCAUCCUCCGCCACCUCCACCUAGGGCUCUCCGCUCAGUAACUUCAGCUAUAAACUUGCGCGAUAAACAAGGUGCUCUUAAUCAGAGCCACCACAAUGCUGUAGUACCACUUUCGCCGCUCAAUCCAACGACUCCUACCGAAGAAUCGCAACCAACUCUACGACCGGAGAUUGAGCGCCUCGUCUCUGUGUUUGAAGUCGACUCGGAUCAUGAAUCGUACAUGGAGAGCAAUAGUUUUACUAGGCGGAUUGCCCGUGGAUUUCACAAGAAAAGCGCUAGUGAAAAACGGAAUGACGGUAGCCGUCGCGGGAGCUCUGAUUCCCAGGGCUCUGAAAAGGAGAAUACGAAUCGCAAGCGAGGUGGCAGUUUAGGCCGGAUUCUUGGGCUUAAGAGUCGAUAAUCUCGGGUACCUGUCCGGGUCGUUUCAUCUAAUUAUUCUAUUUCCUACGCGGUGCCUUUCUUCCACCGGAAGCAGUUUGUCUGCAUCUCAGAAACUCGCCACGAAUCUUUACACCCAAUUCCCCCCUAUGUUUUUA